CUAGACUCGACACCUCACGACCACAAUGCCUGGAAAAGGCCUUCAAAAGGUGCAGAAACAGAUCGCGAAGAAGAAGGGUCGCAACACCGUGCUUCAUGAGCACAGCCGCGACACCCAGCGACUGCAGCGAGCAAGUGCCCGUGAUGACAAGAUUAUCAGACUCACAUCCUUGAGAAACAAGCAGAACCGGCCGUAUGUGGACAGAAUCAACUUUAUCAAAACUGAAGUUGGCGACAAGACGACCCUUUCAUACGCAGAAAUCCAUGCUAUCAUCGAGAAAUUCUUGCGCCGAGAUGACGACGAAUUAGCGACACUGCAGGCUGAGCGUCGUCCGGGGCGCCCAUCAAGUAAUAGAGAGGUGCAAUUGAAGGAGAGGCAGAAACUGGAGAUGCGCGAGUACGAUUCGGGAUUCUGGAUGCCAGACCUGGAGGACGCCGCCAAUGUCAAGCUUCUGAAGGAUUGGGAGGGGCAGUGGGUGGGCUUGAACACGAUGAAGUUCGUUAGGCUAGAGAAGAAGGGUACCAGACACGAGUCCAGUUAUCCACCCAAGGGUCAAUCUUGAGCAACAAUGUGGCCACAUUCCGGUCAAUAACAGAGCCCAACGCGCCCAGCACACUGCUCGGGUCGUUGGAUUUCGAAAACGGUAGGAAGGAAGGGACGAAAA